AUGUUGUUACUUCUCGCCAUAACUGCUGUUGUUAGCGCCACGAUGGUCCAUCCUUCAGCUGUUGUUCCACAGCCCGCAGCACCUCUCCAUGUCGUUCCCCCACAGCAGCAAAUGGGCAUGGUUAACGGAUGCACCAGCAAGAAACUAGAGGGUGCAGAAAUAAUGAGAAGGAACAUGAUUGAGUGCCAGAAAAGAAGCUCGGAGGCAACAAAGGCGAUGAUUGAAAGGGCAAAUGAAAAGGCUGUAGAAUCAUUCAACAAGGAAGUUAGCAAAGGACCUAGCCAAAAGGAUGGAGGCCAGUGCAUAGAAAAAGCUGUACAAGGUACCGAUAGGUGUAUUCUCGCUGGAAUAAUCGAUAAGGCGGUGAACAAGCGCAAGUACAGAAUCUCAGAUGUGGAGAACAGCACCUCGCUCUACAGAGGAGACAAGCUAAUUGCCCUAAUUGUCAAUGUCGACUAUGGGCUGCAGCCGAUCACUAAGCCAAAGAAGAAGAAGUCCAAGAUAAUGGCGAAUCUCCCUCAGCCGAAGAGAGAGAUGUAUUUCAACCAAAUCGGUCAGCUUGUUGGAGCAAGAGGAACGUUCCCCCAGGAAAACAAGGAGGACUGCAAGCCUUGUGAGGGUCCCAAGAAGACUGUUGAAACUACUUCUGAGAAAUGUAAUCUUGGGUGCGAGCUUAAAGGAACAUCUGCUCUGAUAAGCAAGGCCAUACAGAAGAAGGAAGUCAAGGACACGAAGGAAGGGGAGAAAAGUGCAAGCCAGGACUCUGAUGGCGAGGGCACUGCUGAGGAUGCGGAAGUACAGCAACCUUCUGCGGACGGCGAGGGUCUAGAGUAA